GGCAGCCCUGUCGGCGACAACCAAGACAUCAUCGUGGUGACUUCCGGCAACACGACUACGAACAUGACGGUGGCGUACUGCAUCGAAAGCAUCUACGGCUUCCGGCCGGAGCGCAAGCGGUCAAAAGACCAACGAGGGUUUGUCGUAAUUUGGCUUGUCGUGCAGACAGAUAUCUACCUCACGUUCAAGUAUGUGAGCCAC